GCUUGGGUGCGGUGUCGGUCUACCCGAACAGUGUCGCUACACGUCCAGGUUUUUACAGAAGAAGAUGCACAGGAACGAUGCUUCCGGGUGCUUCUUGCGCUUGCAAAGGUGUUCGGAGUUGUCUUCUGUGUGAGCCCUUUAAAAACACUCACUUACAAGAAGAUAAGGUUGUGCACCUUUUCUUCUACGAUCCCGAGAGAAAGCUCGCCGUCCGCAAAGAUGCAGAGCCUUCGUCUUUUGCCUUUCCCGGGGUGUUCCUGUGGGAGAACUUCCUAUCAGAGGAGGAGGAGACAGAGCUGAUAAGCAGCAUGGACCGGGAGGUCUGGAAUCCGUCCCAGUCUGGCCGCAGGAAGCAGGACUUUGGCCCAAAAGUGAAUUUCAAGAAGAAGAAGGUGCGCCUCGCCAGCUUCAGCGGACUCCCCGCUCUGAGCAAGAAACUAGUCCUGCGAAUGCAGCAAGAGGCCACCCUGGCGGACUUCCAGCCCGUGGAGCAGUGCAAUCUGGACUACCACCCCGGGCGAGGCUCCGCCAUAGACCCCCACCUGGACGACGCUUGGCUGUGGGGGGAGCGCCUGGUCACCGUCAACAUGCUGUCCGACACCACGAUGACCAUGUCGCUGGAGCGGGGUCUCCCCCCGUUGGGACCGGGCGAGGAAGUGAACGUCGCUUUGGCGCUCCCGCGCAGGUCCUUGGUGGCGUUGUACGGAGAGGCGCGCCACCGCUGGAAGCACGGGAUCCUCCGGAAGGACGUCAACGGGCGCAGAGUUUGCAGCACCUACAGAGAGCUGUCUGCAGAGUUCUUGCCCGGGGGGCCGCAGGCGGAACAGGGGGCUCGGCUACUCGACGUGGCUUUAAGCUUCAUGGGAGCUCCGGUUUAAACGCUGCAGAUACUCUCCGAACGAGCAACUGAGAUUAAACAUUGAACACUUCUAUCGUUGAAAUAAUAAAGCAUUUUUAUACAUGUUGUGCAACAAGAACCAUAACUGAGUGUGUACUUUACAUCAGGGUUCUGAAAUGUUUAACCUCAGGGCCUGGGGCCCACUCAAAUAUCAACAUUGAAUUAGUAACCUUACUCUUGAUUUUAGUCAUGAUUAUAUCUAACCUACUUACAGUUAACAACCUUGUCAAAUGAUAUUCAUCCACGUGGUAAUCACAAAGAUUAUUUAACACAAAAACCUUAGGCCAGUGGUUAGGCAACCCAAAACGUUAAAAGAGCCAUAUUGGACCAAAAAUACAAAAAAAAAUAUCUGUAUUUCAAUUAAAACAACAGAUAAAUACAAACAUUUAAAAAACACCAUUUAUAUAUAUUUUUGGUGGAUAUUUUUUUGAAUCAUGACAUGUUUGAUGCCAAUAUUCAUAUUUUUGUACACUUACUGUUUUUGUGUUUCAAAGGUUUUUAUGAUGAUUUUUUUUUAGAUUUCAAACUAAAGGCAGGAGCAAUGGUUUGGGGGGGAAAAAAGUUGAUAAUAAAAACCUUUGAAACCCACAAAAACAAAAGUGUACUAAAAAUUUAAAUAUUGGCAUCUAAAACAAGUCAUGAUUCAAAAAAAAUAUCCCCAAACAUAUUGU